AUGGCAGUCAUGCACAAGCUGUUCAAGUCCCCCUUCUUCGAUUUCGAGUUCCUUCGUUUGCUGGCCAUGGCGCCGCACGAAGGUGCCGAGAUCGGAGAAGCCCUCGAAGCAGCAGCCAAAAUCAAGGACCAAGAUCCGGAAUCAUGGUACAGCGUCCUUCUCGAAACCGGCAACAAGGCUGAGACCAUCGCAAAAGAAGCUGAGGCAGCGGGUGAUCGUGUAGGUGCGCGGCGCGCCUACUUGCGAGCAUCGAAUUACCUUCGUGCAGCACAGUUCAUGCUGAAUGAAGGCCCUAUAGGACACGAUAAGAGAGUUCUUCCAACAAUUGAGCGGGCAAUUGCGGAUUUUAGAAAAGGGGUUCAGUAUCGUGAUGGAAAGACGAUAUUCUUGGAGAUCCCGUACGAGGACGGACCCAAGUUGCCUGGCUAUCUCUACUUGCCGCAUGCCUCCAAGCGUAUUCCUGGUCGCAAAAUCCCCAUCCUGCUAAACUCUGGCGGAGGCGAUUCUACUCAGGAAGAAAUCUACUUCGUAAACCCAGCGUACGGACCAGAUGUAGGCUAUGCAGUCCUCACUUUUGAGGGCCCUGGCCAGGGAAUCGUACUUCGUCGCCACAAGCUUCCCAUGCGUCCGGAUUGGGAAGCCGUCACAGGCCCGGUUCUGGAUCACCUCUUUGACUUGGCUUCUCGCUAUCCUGAGCUUGAACUUGACCUUGAUCACAUUGCCGUUACAGGCGCGUCAAUGGGUGGCUAUUUUGCACUUCGCACAGCCGCAGACCCACGCAUCAAGGCAUGCGUAAGCGUCGAUGGGUUCUACAGCUUGUCAAGUUUUGUGGGAGGCAGGAUGCCAGGGCCACUAUUCAACGGCUUUAUGAGCGGCUGGCUAUCUGACGGUGUUUUUAACGGAAUACUCAGCUUUCUGAAGAAGCUCGACUUUCAGGCCCGAUGGGAGUUUAACCACUUGAAGUGGGCUACCGCCUCCAAGACAGAUGCAGAUAUCAUGCGCAGCUUCGUCGACUAUACGUUGCUCAACCCAGAUGGCACAGAGUACUUGGCUAAUGUAAAGUGUCCCACGCUGGUGACCGGAGCAGGAGCGAGCUUCUACUUCAACCCAGCCACGACGACGGAUAAGAUAUACGACUGCUUGACUAGUCUCAAGGACGGCGUGGAUAAGGAGAAGUGGAUUGCCCAAGAUGUCGCCUACGGUGGACUGCAGGCUAAGAUUGGUGCUUUUGGGUAUUCGGCUCAGAGGACAUUUGAGUGGUUAGAUGCCAAAUUUAAGAUUGAAAGAGUGCCCUUGAAGGCGGAAUCAAACUUGGAGGCUCUUGUGAGCACGGUGUAG